AUGUUUCCACGGAGCUGGGUCAGCAUCUUGCAGUCCACGCGACAAGGCGGAAAGAGCCUUGAAAGCGUGAAUUUCCCCGAGUUUGAAAAGUGCGCCGGAACUUCAAUGUCUUUUGAUGCAACGGAAAAGCAGACUACGGCGGAACUGCAAGAGAAGAAAAGUGCAUUGAUGGAAAUGGCAGAGUAUGAGCGUGAAUGUCUCCUUAUCGUCAAAGCGAGAUUGAGACCUUUGGCUGGUGAGAAGGUAAGAGGUGUGCUGGAUGUCUUUGUCGAUGUGACGGAUUUGUAUGGGCAGAUCUAUGUCGCGAGAGAUAUUGCUACUAGGCCCAUCACUACCUACAUUAACACGUAA